CGGGGCGGCGCGCGGCCGGGCGGGGGCCGCCAAUGGGGCCGGCGCGCGCGGCUCUGCGCAUGUGCGGGAGGCGCCCAAGUUUCCCUUUGCAACUUUUGAGUGACUGGGACGCCGCCCCAGCCGGCCAGGUGCAGACGCCGCGCCUUCGCCGCAGGGAAGCCUGUGAAGGCUGGCGCUCCCCGGUCCUGGGGUCAGGAAGGCCCUGCAGGAAAUGAGUAGCAGGCCCCAGGCAUCCUGGGAGGCGGCUGGUGCUGCCUCUGUGUGUGCUAGAGCCGAAGCCGGAGCUGGCUCCAAGUGAGGACCUCUCAGAGGGAAGCACCCACAAUCCUCCCUGCUGGAGUCUCCGGGACUCUGUUCAGAGCCACCAACUCCAUGGUUCUGGCCUCGUAUCUUCCAGCCAUUGCCAAAUCUCUUACAGGGGUUUUCUCUCCAGGGAGGACAGUCGCGAUGACCGGCCCCCGGUCCCUGGAGCUGUGGCAGUCCGAGGCCGUGUCCCUGCGUGGGCGGCUGGGCCUCAGGGACCAGCCCAACGACUCCUACUGCUACAACUCAGCCAAGAACAGCACCGUGCUGCAGGGAGUCACCUUUGGAGGCGUCCCCACCGUCCUGCUCAUAGACGUCGUUUGCUUCCUGUGUUUAAUUUCAGUGUUUACCAUUAUAAGAAGGAGAUUCUGGGAUUAUGGCCGCAUUGCGCUGGUGUCGGAAGUUGACAGUGAGUCCAGAUUCCAGAGAUUAUCUUCAUCUUCCUCUUUUGGGCAACAAGAUUUUGAAAGCGAGCUGGGAUGCUGCCCCUGGCUGACCGCCAUCUUCCGCCUGCACGAUGACCAGAUCCUGGAGUGGUGUGGGGAGGACGCCAUCCACUACCUGUCCUUCCAGAGACACAUCAUAUUCCUGCUGGUGGUGGUCAGCUGCUUGUCCCUGUGCGUCAUCCUGCCUGUCAACCUCUCAGGCGACUUGCUGGACAAAGACCCUUACAGUUUUGGGAGGACGACGAUAGCAAAUCUGCAGACCGACAAUGACCUUCUGUGGCUGCACACCAUCUUCGCUGUCCUCUACCUCAUCCUCACCGUGGGUUUCAUGCGGCACCACACCCAGUCCAUCUGGUACAAGGAAGAGAGCCUGGUGAGGCGGACCCUGUUCAUCACGGGCCUCCCGAGAGACACCAAGAAGGAGACCGUGGAGAACCACUUCCGGGAUGCGUAUCCCACAUGUGAGGUGUUGGAUGUCCAGCUGUGCUACAAUGUGGCUAGACUGCUGUCCCUGUGCAGAGAGAGGAAGAAGACAGAGAAGAGCCUGAACUAUUACAUGAGCCUACGGGCAAAGACAGGCCAGUGGACCCUGAUCAACCCCAGGCCCUGUGGCCAGUUCUGCUGCUGCGAAGUGCCCGGCUGUGAGUGGGAGGAUGCCAUCGCUUACUACACGCGUCUGAAGGACAGGCUGACCGAGAGGAUCAUGGAGGAGGAGCGCAGGGUCCAGGAGAGGCCAUUGGGGAUGGCCUUUGUCACCUUCCAGGAGAAGUCCAUGGCCACCUACAUCCUGAAGGACUUUAAUGCCUGUAAGUGUCAGAACCUGCGGUGCAAAGGGGAGCCCCAGCCGUCCUCCUGCAGCGGGGAGCUCCACACCUCCAAAUGGACAGUGGCUUUUGCCACUUACCCCGAGGACAUCUGCUGGAAGAACCUGUCCAUCCAGGGCUUCCGCUGGUGGUUCCAGUGGCUGGGUAUCAACUUCACGCUCUUCGUGGGACUGUUUUUUCUGACCACGCCCUCCAUCAUCCUGUCUACCAUAGACAAGUUCAAUGUCACCAAACCCAUCCACGAGCUGAACGACCCCAUCAUUAGCCAGUUCUUCCCGACCCUUCUGCUCUGGUCUUUCUCGGCCCUGCUCCCCACCGUCGUGUACUACUCCACGCUGCUGGAGUCUCACUGGACCAAGUCUGGAGAGAACCGGAUCAUGAUGUCAAAAGUCUACAUAUUUUUGAUCUUCAUGGUGCUGAUCCUGCCUUCCCUGGGCCUCACCAGUCUGGACUUUUUCUUCCGGUGGCUCUUUGACAAAACUUCCUCAGAAGGCUACAUCAGGCUGGAGUGUGUCUUCCUGCCUGACCAGGGUGCCUUCUUUGUGAACUACGUCAUCGCCUCGGCCUUCAUUGGCAACGGGAUGGAGCUGCUCCGGCUGCCAGGCCUGGUGCUCUACACCUUCCGCAUGUUCAUGGCCAAGACCGCAGCCGACCGCAGGAAUGUCAAGCAGACCCAGGCCUUCCAGUACGAGUUUGGCGCCAUGUACGCAUGGGUGCUGUGUGUCUUCACGGUCAUCAUGGCCUACAGCAUCACCUGCCCCAUCAUCGCACCCUUCGGCCUCAUCUACAUCCUGCUCAAGCACAUGGUGGACCGGCACAACCUCUACUUUGCCUACCUCCCGGCCAAGCUAGAGAAGAGGAUCCACCUGGCAGCUGUGAACCAGGCUCUGGCUGCGCCCAUCCUGUGCCUCUUCUGGCUCUGUUUCUUCUCCUUCCUGCGCCUGGGUCUGAGGGCCCCCCUCACCCUGUUUACACUCCUGGUCGUGCUGCUCACCGUCUUGGUCUGUGUGGCCUACACCUGCUUUGGAUGUUUCAAGCACCUCAGCCCUCUGAACUACAGGACGGAGGACUUGGGCAGUGACAGAGGAAGUGAGGCAGAUGCCCCCAGGCCAGCAGCCUUCACGCCCUACGUGCCCCGGAUUCUGAGUGGCCUGUCCUCAGAGAGAACAGCCCUGUCCCCGCAGCAGCAGCAGACCUAUGGUGCCAUCCACAGCAUCAGCGAGACUGUCCCAGGGCCCCGGGGACAGUGACAGCAGCAUAUCUACCUACCAAGAGGCCUGAGGGCUGCUGGGCCAGGCUCGGAGCCAGGAGAGGAGACCCAGGCGGGAAGGUGGCUUGACUCAGGCCCCAGCCGAGCCCAGGAUGACUUCCCACCGGCUUUAAGCACAGCUGCUCUUAAGCGAUGGAACCAGAAAGGUGUUCUUGCCUUUGGCCAAGGGGGCAGGCUGGGACUGCCAUUGGGUGGUGAGCGCUGGCCUUUCUGGCCAUGGCAAAGGGGACGGGAGCUGAGCAGCUCAGAGCCCGGCUCAUUUCCAGGUCCCCCUCCUGCACAAAUGUCCAGCUCUGUAGCUGGGAUGCCGUCCCUGGGGAUUUUGGGCAGAAUCCCGUAUUGGAAUUGUGCACCCACAGCCCCAUUGCUGUGGUGAUGGAAUCUGGUACGAGGGAGGACAUGCGACUUGCCCAGCCCCAGAAGACCCCUCAACUAGCCAAUAACCAAAAAGCCUGCAGCGGAUCCCAGCUGGAGAGGGGUUCCAGACGAUGGCUGGUGUCCAGCCCUCCCCCUCUGAUCUGGGAGCUGCUGUGGGAACAGGCGGCAGUGGGCCAGGCCGGGUUGGGUGGGCUGCAACCCUGGCUGGAAGGACAGGUGGCCCCUUCCUUUUUCUCCCUGUGGGGAUGGGGACUGGCAGCCUCCCACUGCCUCCAGGGGGUGCCAGAGGCACAGGGACCAGGUGGGUGGUGGCCCAGGCCCCCUGCCACACCCCCACCUCGCCACAGCAGCCCCAUGCUCUGGGCAGCCAGGGACAUGAGGAGGGGGUGGAGCGUCCCGGUGCCCCCCCCCACCCCGGGCCUGUUCUGCCCUUCCCAGUGGGACCCCCCCCCCAACCCAGACCCAACCUGCCAGAUGUACUGGGACGGCUCCCCAUUUGGGACGGGUGUGCCCAUGUCACCUGCUUCCAGCCAUUCUUAGGAAUAGAAUCAUUUAUCAUCACUGACAUGCGUGUGGGAGCACUGGAGGGGGGCAGUGAGCAGGGGGCCAGCAGGGGCGGGGGACAGGUGUGGGGCGUACAUCAUUGCAAAGAGAAGAGGGGGGGUCUCCCUGCUCCUUGGGAGGGCCCUGGGGCAGGGAGGACAGCUGUCGGCCGGGGAGCCUGCGGGUGACAGCCAGCCCCACGGGCAUCAGCGCUGCUCCAGCAGCCCCACGAAUUUGCAGAUGUCCCGGGCUAGCAGCUCUGGCUCCUCAAAGGCGGCAAAGUGGCCUCCGCGGGCCAUGUAGGAAUAGGAGAUGAGUUUCGGAUACUUGAACUUCACCCACUUUUCUGGCACAUGCAUUAACUCACAAGGGAAGGCAGCAAAGCCUGUGGGCACGUGGACCUUGAUCCUAGAAGGACAGAGAUCCCACUGAGAGGCAAGGUGGCAUCCUGGUCCCCUUCUGUCCCCUGCAGCAGGGACGGGGGAGUGGGGGUCUGUUUGCCCACCCACAGGGAGCCGGAAAGGACAGACCCAGGGUUAUAAACACUCUCUUCAAUUCCAACCCACUGGAGCCUCCUUCUGUGGAAGGGCCAGCUGUGCUGCAAAGUCUGGCUAUCAAAGACCCUCCCUGGGGGUCAAGCCUCUCAGGGGGUGGAGAGCUGGUGGUCUGACUGCUCCCGCCCCUGGAGGCCCGUCAGCAGGCACCUGCUGCGGGAUCGGCCACACUCACCGGUUGUGCUUGUUGGCCAUGAAGCCCUGGCCCAGGUUCUCCUUAUAGAAGCGCUGGGAGGAGGCGAUGGUGCCCGUUGUCCAGUAGAGCAUGACAUUGGUCAGCAGGUCAUCCAGGGAGAACUUCCUGCAGAAGCAGCCCCGGGAGGCCCCUCAGAGCCUGGCAUGGCCUUCAGGCUGUGAGCCCUGGGGACCCCCACCCAGGGUCCUGCCUCCUGCUCAGACGCCCCAGGCAGGUGCAUAUUAUCCCUGAGGCCAGGCAGGCUUGGACCUCCCCGCCCAGCAUGGGAACCCACUCAGGGUGUGGGGCUCCACGCGUGCAGAGGAAAGAGCCAUCUGGUUCUUACUGUGGGGGCACGUGGAAACCUGAAACCCCACAUGCCACCCGGGCUCUGUCCUGCUCUUGCUGGGUCCCCUCAUGCUACCCUGUGUCCAAAGACCCCAGGAGCCCUCCAUGGCCUCCCCUGUCCAGGUGCUGGUGCCCACCACCUCUGCCCCCGAAUGCCCUCCCCCUACUCAUCUUCUGCCCCCUCAGCCUCCAGCCUUCCCUCCCAGAAGAGUCCCCCAAUGCGCUCAGAUCCACUAGCUUCACACCUUGCCCCCCCUGCUAUGAUACCCCUUCAAUGCCAUCAGCCCCGUGCCUUCUGGCACCCAGACCCACCUGAUGGUCCACAAACCCCAGGGGACACCAGCUCUGUGGAGCAGCUCCCCUCAUGCCUUCCCUGCUCGAUUCCAGAUCUGGGGGCUUUGGAGAGCUCCGCCUCCCAUGCUCAUCCCUUCACUGGCCUCCUCCUGGGCCACUCUGCCUCCCCUGCCCAGUCUGGCGUCCAUACCACCCAGGCCUGCCUUCCUGUCUCUCCUCUGCCCCCCUCUCUGCAUCCCUGCAACUGUCAACCCACACUUGCCAACCCCUGUCCAGGUAGGGGCUUCCCACCAGAUUCUGUCCUCCCCCCGCCCCCAGGUAUUGCUUGCCCAGCCUGCUCAUUCCCCCCGGAGCACAGAGAAAGUAAUUUCCUCCCCUGGACCCCUCCCUGGGGCUCCGGAUCACCCAUCUCAGUCCCUAACCAAGCAGGCACCUCCCACUCAGCAAGUCCACACCUGAAGCAGCCCGCAUCUCUGCCGAGCCCCUGGUGGACACACAUGUUCACAGAUGCAAGUGCUCCCACACACGCACACUCACGUGUGUCUGUAUCCAAAUCCACGUGCACACUUCCACCAUCCAAAUGGGCACAGACGCUCCAAGGCUCCCCUCCUCAUUCCCUAGUUCCUGCUUGAUGAAGGGCGUCCCUGCAGCCUGGUGGGGAGCUAGAAACUGCUCCUUCUGCUGCUGCCUCCCCCCACUCCCACUGAGCCCUGGCUGUCCCUGCUCCUCCUGACCCCCCAAUGAGCCCUGGCUGUCCCUGCUCCCCCUGACCCCUCACUGAGCCCUGGCUGUCCUGCCAUUCCUUGCCAAGGACAUGCUGAUAGAACCCCUGCGCCGUCAGGCCCUGCCCAGCGUGGGGCAGGGAAUGGAUCCCACCAUGAGGGCUCAUGCUUGGGCUCAUGGUGUGGCCCCUGCAUACCUGCCUCUAUCCUUGACAAAGUCAGUCUUUCCAAGAGCACCUCGCAUUUCUAUCCCUCCCACCUUAGCUUCUGCUCUUCUCUCUGCCUCAACUCUCCUCCAUCCUUUUCACCAGCAAACUCCCACUCACCCUUCAAGGUCCCAAUCAAAUAGAUUCUCCCAGUCAUUUCCCCUCCCUGCCCCAGAGACGGAGCAGAUCCUCCUUUCUCUGGACUCGCACAGCCAGGGCUCAUUCGUCCAGUGCGUGUUUGUCGAGCUCAAGCUUCCUUCUAGGUGCUGGGGCUAGAGCACUGCCUAGACACGGUCCCCUGUCCCAGGUGGGAGCCAGCCCCAGCUCACCCUACUCCCACCCCAGCACUGUGUCUGGUGCUCUGUGUACCCCCACAGCAAUGAAGAGAGAGAUGGGUGCUGGAGAAGCUGAGUCAGGGCUGACCUUGAUGGAGCCCGAGUCAGGCCAGAGGCCUGGAAGUCACGUACUCCUAGGCUCCCUGCAGCUGUCUCCAGGCCUGGCUUCCCUGGGGCACACGGUCAGGUGGCGACGCUGGGCUCUCGUGGGCUCUGGAGGGAGGGGGUCCCUGGCUGUUCACACCUCUUGGCAAUAAAGGGGGCUUGCUGCCCUCUGGACCCACUGAUCCCAGGAGGGGACUGUUUAGCAAAUGGACCAUAGACAUUCUCCAGCCCUGUAUCCCGUUCCUGACCGCUCUACUAUGAGGCUUGGAGAGAGUCGCUAGGCCUCUCUGUGCCUCUGCUCGCUCAUCCAGAGGAACUGGGGCCGUAUUCACCAGGGCGAGGGUCCGAGGGGUACCCAGCCGUAGGUAGGACAUGCCGGCUGGCGGCUAGACAGCAGGGUCUCACCUUUCCAGGCCUCCAUCCUCCAGGUCUUGAAACUCCAGGUUGGUCCAGGUAGAAAACUUCUCCAGGAUAUAGGCAGCAAGGCCCACGGGGGAGUCGUUCAGAGCGCAGCCUGGGAUGGGGAGAAGCAAGGGAGGGACUGACUCGGGCCUGGGACCAGCUAGCGGUCAGGGCCCUGUGUUGGGGCACAGUGCUGCCCUUGCUCCUGGGGCACUCAUGCACCCCCUAUCUACUCAACCCUCGGCCUUGGAACGCUCAUCUGAGAAAAAGGG